CAUCUCAGGACAAGAAGACCUAUCCCAAGUAAGCAUAUUGGCUAACUGGGUGCAUGGUGAAUUGACCAGAUUGGGCGUACACCACAGCGUACCCCUUAAGCCGGAGGGCCGGUAGCCAAGCCUAGACCAGGAAGUCCCGCAGCAAAUAGCACCGCAGGCGCUGCUUUGGCAGGCCCGUACUCGCAUACCAUCCAUCUGGCUGGGGAAUGCUCUGCCAGUGCCUGUAGUUUGAUGGCCUCAAGCGGAUGAUAAGACAAGACAUUGCGUUUGUGAGAGGCCAACCGUUCGACGUCAUCCGCCUAGCUUGCUGGCCGAACGCAACCCCGCCAAUGGAUGGUAUCGCGAGUAUAUGAUCAGAGCCUCUGCUUCUACUUGUUUCGCCCCUCUCGUUGUCUGCUCGGCCACACUCGUUCUACUGAUAUUGUCUCGUUACAGUAAGCUCCCGCGAUGGGAAAGAAGCGAGCUCUUUGCUGCAUCUCAGUCGACAUCGAUGCCGUCGCUGGUUGGCUAGGUAGCUACCAAGGACAGGACAGCACGUCAGAUAUUUCGAGAGGCCUCUUCGCCGGUACGAUCGGAGUACGUCGACUCCUGAAGCUCUUCGACAAAUACAAGAUCAAAACCACCUUUUUCAUCCCCGGCCACAGUCUGGAGACCUUCCCAGAAGAAUGCCGUAUGAUCGUCGAUGCGGGCCAUGAGAUCGGUCUUCACGGCUACAGCCAUGAGAAUCCCAUCGCCAUGACGCUGGAACAACAAACAGCGAUAAUGGACAAGUGUUACCGAUUGAUCAAGGACUUCCAGGGUGGCAAGCCGCCGAGGGGUAUUGUGGCCCCUUGGUGGGAGAGCAGCCAGGAGGGUGCGGAGCUCAUGCUUCGGUAUGGACUGGAGUAUGAUCAUAGCUUCUCGCAUCAUGACUGUCAAGCCUAUUGGCUCAGGACCGGAGAUUCUUGGAUACCCAUCGAUUACGCAAAGCAUCCGGAUCAUUGGAUGCAACCGUUGAAAGGUGGACAGAUAACCGGACUCUGCGAAAUACCUGCAUCAUGGUAUCUUGACGAUCUCCCCCCAAUGAUGUUCAUCAAGAAGGCGCCAAACAGCCAUGGAUGGGUCAACCCGAGGGACGUCGAGGAGCUGUGGCUAAACCAGUUUGAUUACUUUUACCGGGAAGAAGAAGAGUUCGUGUUUCCAGUCACCGUCCACCCGGACGUUUGCGGACAUCCACAAGGCUUGUUCCUACUGGAGCGGAUCAUCGAGUAUAUCAAUACCAAAGAAGGUGUUGAGUGGGUGACCAUGGAGCAGAUCUGCGAUGACUUCAAAUCCAAGAACCAGCCGCCGAAGGGCGCGCUGAUGCCGGCGAAGGUUGGGGCCAUUCUCGAGAACCCGCAUCUACAGUUGGAGAAGAAGGAAUAGCGAUGUAGGCGUUAGGAGCACCAGCCUACCCCGGGAUUAUCUUAUACUCGCGCAACAAUUCUCAAGCUAUGUGGCUGGACGGAAGGCUUAGCCUCAUUGUUCGGCCUGCUCCAACUUUUGCCAGGUCUUAGAUAUCUGCACCGGUGGUUGGCCGCGUAGUCUGCCUUGAAUCUGUGCGUUCGAGACCGAGUCAGGAUGCCGGACGUGGAAGGUAGAUAGAAACGGAUGUUGAGCAUACAUGUCAUAUUCACCGUCGUUUCAAGCCCUUCUUUCGGCUUGUCA